AUGUCAAUGAAGAAUCCAGUUCGAUUAGGAUUCAUGAUGUUUAUGGUGUGUGUGGUGUCGCAGGUUGUUCACGGUGAACAGAAAAUCAGAUGCAUUCCAGAGGAGAGGGAAGCACUGCUUCAAUUCAAGGCUGCCAUUGUUGAUCACUUCGGCAUGCUCUCUUCUUGGACCACUCCUCACUGCUGCCAAUGGGAGGGGAUUCGUUGCACCAACCUCACCGAUCAUAUUAUAGGCCUCCACCUUCCCGGUGGGUUUCCUGACGAAUAUGUCUAUUAUGAAUAUAAAUAUAUGAGCGGAGAGAUCCACAAGUCGUUGAUGGAGUUGCCACAAUUACAAUAUUUGAACCUCAGUUUCAAUUAUUUUCGAUAUCAAGGAAUCCCAGAGUUUCUUGGUUCUCUCAAAAACUUGAAAUACCUUGAUCUCUCUUCAUGUUCUUUUGGCGGAGAAAUUCCAAGUCAGUUUGGCUCUCUUUCUCAUUUGAAAUACUUAAAUCUUGCUAGUAAUUCUCUGAACGGUUCAAUCCCUCAUCAGCUUGGAAAUCUCUCCCAGUUAGAGUGUCUUGAUCUUUCCUACAACUAUUUCGAAGGAAAUAUACCAUCUUUUUCAGGAAAAAUUCCUAUUUCAAUGGGUUCACUUUUUGAUCUUCAAGCAUUGUUAUUGAGAAACAAUAACUUAACAAGUGGAAUUCCUUUGUCUUUGAGAAGUUGCACAAAACUAAUAAUGUUAGAUAUGGCAGAAAAUAAAUUAUCAGGAAUUUUUCCUGCUUGGAUUGGGAGUAGUUUAAAAAAGCUGCAAUUUUUAAGUUUAAGAAGUAAUAAUUUGUAUGGAACUUUACCAAUACAAAUUUGCUAUCUCAGAAACAUUCAACUAUUGGAUCUCUCGAUCAACUACUUAUUUGGGAAAAUUCCUAAAUGUUCAAAACAAAUGUUCAUGAACGAAGAGCUAUCUCUCUUAAAAAGCAUCGAUUUCUCGAGCAAUUAUUUACUUGAAUUUUUGGAUCUUUCAAGAAACCAACUAGUUGGUUCAAUUCCCACUAGUCUUGCUCAAAUUAACCGACUCACUAUGUUAGAUCUAUCACAUAACUAUCUAACCGGAGAAAUUCCAAUUGGCACACAAUUACAAAGUUUCAAUGCAUCGAGUUAUGAAAAUAAUCUCGAUCUUUGUGGACUACCACUUGAGAAAUUGUGUAUUAAACCGGCACAAGAUAAAAAUGUUAUAAUUCAUCAUGAUGAAUAUUCAUUUCUUAAUAAUGAUUUUCUCAUCAGUAUGACAUUUGGAUUUGUGAUAAGCUUUUCGAUAGUAUUCUUCUCAAUUUUAUUCGAGCGUUCCUGGAGACAUGCCUAUUUCAAGUUCUUAAACAAAUUAGCAGACGAUAUUUGUGUCAAAGUAGCAGUCUUCCGUUAAUACUAAGGUGGAUAAGGGAGUCGUGAUAAUGGUGUUUACUUCAUGUUUGUGCUUCUUCAAAGUUUUGUGUCGUCGCUCUUCGUAAAGGACUAUCAAAGUCGGUUUGGUCACUACGAAUCCAUCUUGUAAUCCUACGUGACAGGGUUUUAGUUGCGUCUCCCGCAACAAUGGUUUUUUCAUCGUGGUCGUCCUCCUAUGCUAUGGUGGCAGUUUCGUUGAUGUGUGAUUUUCGAAUUACAAAAUUGAAUUGUAAGGUGAGAA